AUGGCUUUCAUCUCAAAUAUAACACCACCCCCACCUCCACCCCAUGUUUUCCGCGAACCACCUCCACCCCAUGUUUUCCGCGAACCACCUCCACCCCAUGUUUUCCGCGAACCACCUCCACUCCAUGUUUUCCGCGAACCACCUCCACUCCAUGUUUUCCGCGAACCACCUCCACCCCAUGUUUUCCGCGAACCACCUCCACUCCAUGUUUUCCGCGAACCACCUCCACCCCAUGUUUUCCGCGAACCACCUCCACUCCAUGUUUUCCGCGAACCACCUCCACCCCAUGUUUUCCGCGAACCACCUCCACUCCAUGUUUUCCGCGAACCACCUCCACCCCAUGUUUUCCGCGAACCACCUCCACCCCAUGUUUUCCGCGAACCACCUCCACUCCAUGUUUUCCGCGAACCACCUCCACCCCAUGUUUUCCGCGAACCACCUCCACCCCAUGUUUUCCGCGAACCACCUCCACCCCAUGUUUUCCGCGAACCACCUCCACUCCAUGUUUUCCGCGAACCACCUCCACCCCAUGUUUUCCGCGAACCACCUCCACUCCAUGUUUUCCGCGAACCACCUCCACUCCAUGUUUUCCGCGAACCACCUCCACCCCAUGUUUUCCGCGAACCACCUCCACCCCAUGUUUUCCGCGAACCACCUCCACCCCAUGUUUUCCGCGAACCUAUAAAAUAG